GAUAAUCGCAACGGUUGUCGCGGGAGGAGAGCUCGCGCAAGUCAGGAGUGUUUUGGCAUUACUAGCUUGUGACCUGUAAGAGGGCCACUGUGUCGAGCUUCAGUAUGGUCUUUGAGUCUUUGGUCAGCGAUCUCCUAAACAGGUUUAUUGGGGACUACGUGGAAAACCUGGACAAGUCGCAGCUCAAGAUUGGCAUAUGGGGAGGUAAUGUUGUUCUGGAGAACCUGAGGGUAAAGGAGAAUGCACUGAGUGAGCUGGAUGUUCCAUUUAAAGUGAAAGCUGGGCAAGUUGGAAAAUUAACUUUAAAGAUCCCAUGGAAGAACCUGUACAGCGAGGCUGUUGUUGCUACCUUAGACGGCCUCUAUCUGCUGGUAGUGCCUGGAGCAACAAUUAAGUAUGAUGCAGCUAAAGAGGAGCGGUAUCUGCAGGAGGUCAAACAAAAGGAGCUGCAGCGCAUUGAGGAGGCUCUCCAGCUGGCUGCACGCAGAGACUCUCAGGUGGGAGAGUUUGUGUAUAAUUUGGAGAGUUAUGUAUAUAAGGAAGCCCCCUGUGAUAAAGGACAUAAAAAGCAUAAAAAGCAUAAGAAACUGUUUGGGAGGUCUAAAAGGUACGAGCGGACAUCAGAGAAGCCUCAAGAAGAUAAGAAAGACACAUUUGCUGAGAAACUGGCAACCCAAGUAAUCAAAAACCUACAGGUCAAGAUUACCAGCAUCCAUGUCAGAUAUGAGGAUGAUAUAUCAGAUCCAGAGAGACCUCUCUCCGUGGGAGUGACUCUGUCAGAACUCAGUCUGCAGACAACCGAUGAGAACUGGAGGACCUGUAUUCUAAAUGAAGCAGCCAAACUCAUCUAUAAGCUCGGUUGUUUGGAGUGUCUGUGUGCCUACUGGAAUGUUAACAGCCCAAUGUUCUGCCAAUGUUCCCGGGAAGAGGCCGUGAGCAAACUAAAAGCAGGAAUCAGCACCAAAGAUGAAGAGCUGAAAGGAUACCAAUACAUUUUCAAACCCAUCUUUGCUUCUGCCAAGAUGUGCAUUAAUCCAAAUGCAGAGGUUGAGCUGAAGUCUCCCAAAGCAAGCUUCCAGCUGGAGGUGCAGAACAUUGCCAUAGAGAUGACCAAACCUCAGUACCUGUCUAUGGUGGACCUGUUGGAGUCCGUGGACUGUAUGGUUAAAAAUGCUCCCUACAGGAAGUUCAGACCACAUGUCCCGGUACACAAACAUGCCAAACUGUGGUGGAGGUAUGCCAUCUCCAGUGUGUUGGAGGUAAAUAUAAAGCGCUACAAGGAAAUGUGGAGCUGGACACACAUCAGGAAACACAGACAGACGCUGAAGGCAUACAAAACUGCACACAGAGCCAAGCUGAGCCAGAGCAAAGUCCGGGAAGACACGGAGAAACAGAUCCUGGAACUGGAGAAACGUCUGGAUGUGUUCAACAUCACACUGGCCAGGCAGCAGGCACAGAUGGAGAUGGUUCGCUCAGGACAGAAGCUUGUUGCCAAGAAGGGAGCAGCACAGAAACAGGGAGGAGGAGGAGGGGGAGGGUUUCUCAGCAGUUUCUUUGGCAGGAAGGAAGGGAAGAAGAGAGAACAGGAAGAGGAAAUGACAGAGCAGGAGAGUAUAGAUACGAUCAUGACUGCUGAAGAGAAAGCAAAGUUAUACACAGCCAUCGGCUACAGUGAAAGUUCCCACAACCUGACAUUACCCAAAGAUUAUGUAGCAGUGAUUAUGAAUUUCAAGUUGUUACGGACGUCAGUAACGGUGCGUGAGGAGAUAAGAGUUCCAGAGAUCCUGAAAGUGCAGAUGAUUGACCUCAGUACCACCAUCUCCCAAAGACCAGGAGCACAGGCCAUAAAGGUGGAGGCCAGUCUGGAGCACUGGUUCGUGACAGGGCUGCAGCAGCAGGGCCAGGUCCCAUCACUCAUCGCCUCUGUGGGGGACUCGUGUUCCUCUCUGCUCAGUGUGCUGUUUGAGCUCAACCCAGAGGAUAGUCCUGCAGAUCAGCUCCUCCAUGUGCACUCCCAGCCUGUGGAGAUGAUCUACGAUGCUCUGACAAUAAACAGCCUGGCAGACUUCUUUAAGACAGGAAAGGGAGUUGAUCUGGAGGUGAUCACCUCAGCCACGCUCAGCAAGCUGGAGGAGAUAAAGGAGAAGACAGCUAGUGGUCUGUCUCACAUUAUUGAGACCCGUAAAGUUCUGGACCUGCGGAUUGACCUGAAGCCAUCCUACCUGCUGGUGCCCAAGUCUGGCUUUUAUCAGAGCAAGUCAGACCUCAUCAUCAUAGACUUUGGCAGCCUGCAACUGAAUAGCGUGGACCAGGGGUCUCAUCAGCAGAUAUCUGCUAGUUUUUCCUCUCUGGAGGAGAUUAUGGACAGAGCGUACGAAAGAUUCUCUCUGGAGCUUCGCAGUGUUCAAGUGCUCUACAGCAAAUCAGGUGAAUCAUGGAAAAGUGCUCGUACUCAGAGUUCAUCCAUCCAGCACAUUCUCCGGCCCAUGGACUUUACCCUGAACCUCGCCAAGUGCAUAGUGGAGAAAGACUCACGCAUGCCCAGGUUUAAGGUGUCUGGAGAACUUCCUUUACUGCAUGUGAAGAUCUCCGAUCAGAAGAUCCAGGGGGUUCUAGAACUAGUGGACAGUAUUCCCCUCCCCCACCCUGUAUCAACCCCACCCUCCUCCCCAACCCACAGGGCACGAGUGAUGCCGUUAGCAGGCGCCAGGCCAAGGGUGCUGAGCUUAGAUCCAUCAGCCCUCCCGUAUUCCACUGAGUCAGACUCUGAAGAGGACACCAGUGAAAGGUCUCCAGAUGAAGAUGGUCAGAGAUCAGUCCAGGAAGACCUGACUGAUGUUCAGUUCAAAUUUGAAAUCAAAACGGUCCUCCUUGAGCUCACCCGUCAGACUGCGAUGGAGGAAACAGUUUUGGCUCUGAAUGUGUGUAAUUUGGGUGCAGAAGGGAAGAUGAGGACUUAUGACUUCACUGUGACCUCAUACCUGCGCAAGAUAAACCUGGACUACUGUGAGACGAGAGAUCAGCCACUCCAUCUAAUUAGCUCAUCAGACAAACAUGGAUCUGAUCUGCUGAAAGUGGAGUACAUCAAAGCUGAUGUGAGUGGGCCCAGUUUCCAGGGUCUGUUUGACAACACUGAGCAGACACUGAAGGUGGAAUUUUCCUCACUCAUGUUCAUGCUUCACACCAGCGCUCUGCUGUCCACCAUUAACUACCUGAACACAGCAGUCCCCCAGGACAUCACUGCCUCUAGAGUUCAAGACACCCGAAGACAAGCUGACAGGACGGCAACUGGAAAAACAGGGUUAUUUGUGGUGUCUAAGGGAGGGAAGACCUCCACAGUGGUGCGCUUUAAGCUCUGUGCCAUGUUGGGUUCAUUUGGAGUGGUCGUCUGUGACGACCGAAGCAACAUCGCAGAUAUCCGAGUCCAAGGUAUUGAUGCAUCCGUGGUGGUCCAGGCCAAAGAGACAGAGGUGUUUGCUCGCCUGCGAGAUAUCAUUGUGCUGGAUGUGGACCCGAAAACAAUACACAAAAAGGCAGUGUCUAUAGUGGGAGAGGAGGUGUUCAGCUUCAAGAUGAUCUUGUACCCUGGAGCGACGGAGGGAAAUGGUUACUCUGAUGUGACUAAAGUGGACAGCAAAGUCACGCUGAGAGUCGGCUGCAUCCAGAUCGUUUACCUGCACAAGUUCCUCAUGUCUCUACUGGAUUCUUUUAGCUCUCACUACUCUGCUGAUGAGACAUUUGUGGACAACUUCCAGACGGCCAAGGAGGCGCUGAGCGCAGCUACAGCCCAGGCAGCAGAGAAGGCUGCCUCCAGCGUCAGAGACUUCGCUCAGAAGAGUUUCAGACUCUCCAUGGACAUCAGACUAAAGGCCCCGCUCAUCAUAAUCCCCCAGUCUUCCAUGUCCCAUGAUGCCCUUGUGGUGGACCUGGGUCUCAUCAACGUUAGCAACAGCUUCGCUCUGCUUCAGGCUGAGGGCUUCCCUCUCCCAGCCGUUCAGGAGACCAUGGACAUCAAGUUGACGCAUCUCAAAUUAUCCAGGAUGGUUCUGAGGCGUGAUGACCCUCAGGCCGACAUCCAGAUCCUGCAGCCGGUUAAUCUGGAGCUACUGGUGAAGCGUAACCUGGCUGCCUCCUGGUUCACCAAGAUCCCUGGAGUGGAGGUCAAAGGAGGCCUGAAGUCCAUGAAUAUUGUUCUUGGCCAGGAAGACUUGAGUGUGUUGAUGGGGAUUCUAGCAGAAAACAUCAGUGAGGGAAGCAGAACUUCAUCCUCUGAUGUGAAGAAACCGUUUAAAGAUAAAACUGAAACAAAUGAAGACCUCAAAGAGACACUUCCUGUGGAGACAGAAACUCAGCCAGCUCUUUCCAAUGGAAAUGUCAGUGAGAACAUUGUCAGUGUUCUGCUCAACUUUGAAAUUAUGGAGGUAACGGUGAUGCUGAAGAAAUCAAAGCAUGGACAUGAGAAUCCCUUCCUGGUGGUCCAUGUAGCUCAGCUCGGAAUUGAUACCCAAGUGCACAAAUAUGACAUGCUGGCCACCACGUACAUCAAGACAAUCUCCAUGAAGUGCCUGGAGUUUACAGAUUCGUGUGGGGAACCCCUGUGCAUUCUGAGCUCCUCUGCACAGCAGGGGGCAGAGCUGCUCAAAGUGCAGUUUGUCAGGGCUGAUCGAAAUGGACCAAAUUUUGCUUCUGUUUUCAAGAAUAUAGAACAGAUUAUGGAUGUUACUUUCUCCUCCUUGGACCUGAUGUUACACACUGAGGUUCUCCUCUCCAUCAUGGACUUCCUGUCUGCUGCCAUGUCCUCCAAACACCUGCCUGCAUUGGAGAAAGAUGCGAGGAGAAGUGAAGAUGUGAGAACAAUCUCAGCCAAGUCCAUGGUGGUGAGCUCCCCCUCUGAUGGUGAUGUCAUUGACCUGAAGGUGGACAUGCGUCUGGGUGCUUUCAGUGUGCUGGUGUGUGACCAAAGCUGCAACAUGGCCGACAUCAAGAUUCAGGGUCUGCACGGCGCCCUACUCCUGCAGGGCACUCAGACACACAUGUCUGCCAGGCUGCGAGAUUUCAUCGUCAUUAAUGUGGAUCCAAAAACCAUUCACAAGAAGGCCAUCUCUAUUGUGGGUGAUGAGGUUUUCAGUUUCAGUUUGAGUUUAACCCCUAAAGCCACAGAAGGGGCUGGAUACACGGACACCUCAAAGGUGGAUGGCAAGAUCAGGCUCAGUGUGGGCUGCAUUCAAGUGGUGUAUCUGCACAAGUUUACCAUGUCGCUGCUGAAUUUUAGUAACAACUUCCAGAUGGCCAAGGAGGCACUGAGCACGGCUACGGCCCAGGCAGCAGAGAAGGCUGCCUCCAGCGUCAGAGACUUCGCUCAGAAGAGUUUCAGACUCUCUAUGGACAUAAGACUAAAGGCCCCGCUCAUCAUAAUCCCUCAGUCCUCCAUGUCCCAUAAUGCCGUGGAGGCCGACCUGGGUCUCAUUACUGUGAGCAACAGCUUUGCUCUGCUUCCUGUUGAGGGUUGUCCACUCCCUGCUGUCAUAGAUGACAUGAACCUGGAGCUCACUCAGCUCAAGCUCUCCAGAAUCUUUGUGGAGAAGAACUCAGCCCAGCUCAGGACGGAGCUCCUGCAGCCCGUCAACAUGGUGUUGUCCGUCAGGCGGAACCUGGCUGCUAGCUGGUACCAGGACAUGGCUGGUCUGGAGCUGGAUGGAGAUCUGAAGCCCAUGAAAGUGGCUUUGAGUCAGGAUGACCUGACAGUCCUGCUGAAGAUCCUGACGGAGAACAUUAGUGAGGCCAGCAGUGUCCAGCCCCCCCAGAGCCUGAACGCAGCGGGGAAACCAGCACCCGUGGCAGUCACACCUCACACUCUCAUAGGUGAGCAUGGUGUGGAGAAGCAACCAGAAAGCAAGUCCACAGAGGCUGAGCUGGUGGAGAGUGUGAAGUUCAGUUUCAAUGUUGAAUCUCUGGGUCUGGUACUUUACAGCAAUGAUCCCACACAGGCUGGUGUUCACCAGGAGGACUUGUGUCUAGGGGAGUUUAUGCUCUGUAAGAUGAAGGCUACUGGGAAGAUGUUUAAUAACAGCAGUCUGGAGGUUUCCACCAUCCUCACCACCUGCAGCCUGGAUGACAGGAGAGCCAACGUUGAAAGAGUCACAUCCAGGAUGCUGGGGAGGCGUGAUGAAGAGAGUUCUGAUGCCAUGAUAGACGUGACGUUCUCGCAGUGUGCAGACGAGCGUUCGGUGGUGGCUGUGCUGCAGAAACUCUACCUCUGUGCCAGCGUGGAGUUCCUCAUGGCUGUGGCGGACUUCUUUAUACAGGCCCUGCCCCAGGCCCCGCCCCUGCCAUCAACCACAAUGCUGGACAAACCCAGCCACCUGUCACUCAAACAGCUCUCAGAGAGACAGGGCCAGGCAGAGCCCAGUGCAGCUGUGUCUCAGAGGACCAGGCUGCGAGCCGUCAUGGUGGACCCUGAGGUGGUGUUUGUGGCCAGUCUGGUGAAGGCGGAGUCACCUGCACUAGUCUCCUCCUUCCAGUGUGAUGUCAGUGUUGUCAUGCAGCAGGACACCCAGCUGACGGCCAACGUGAGGGGCCUCAAGGUUCUGGCCUGCCCCUUCAUCAGGAAGAAGGACAGCAAGGCUGUCACCACUGUGCUCAGACCAUGUUCUGUUGUGUUGGAGGCCAGAAAGUCAGGACACGCCCCGCUGACGGGCUCCGUGACUGUACAGGAGGUCAUCGUGAAGGUCUCCCCAGUGAUCCUCAACACCGUGAUGACCAUAACUGCAGCCAUGACUCCCAAACCCCUUCAGGAGCAGACUGAGAAGACUGAGGACGUGUGCUCCCUGUGGGCUGUGAGGAACAUCUACUCCUGCAACCACUGGUUCCUGGGCGUGGAGAGUGCGACCGAGGCUGUCGAGAACUUCCGUGAGGCGGACAGCAGCAGCCAAGAGGGCGAGAGCUUCAAGGUGGAGGUGAAGGUGGUGCAGGUGACUGUGGAGUCGGGCCAGGGUCACCGCACCACCCCUCUGCUGCUGGCUGAGUCCUCCUUCAGCGGCUGUGCCAGGAACUGGUCUUCCCUCCUCAGCCUGUCUGCGGAUAUGACGCUGGAGGUGAACUACUUUAAUGAGACUCAUGCAGUGUGGGAGCCCUUCAUAGAGAGAGUGGACAACGGUACACGGCGCUGGAACCUCACAGUGGAGAUGAAGACGAACCCUGUUCGGGACAAGAGUCCUGUUCCUGGUGAUGACUUCAUAAUGCUGCCUGAUCCGUGCACUGCCAUCAGCAUCUGCUCCAAAGACACUAUGAACAUCACAGUGUCCAAGUGCUGUCUAAACGUCUUCCAUAACCUUGCCCAGGCUUUCUCUGAGAGCACUGCAUCCACUUUCGAUCCCACUGUGAAGGAAAAGGCUCCGUUCACCAUCCGGAAUGCUCUGGGAAUUCCUCUCCUCAUCCAGCACAGUGCUAAUCUCUGUAUGGUCAAGCCAUCUGCUAAAGGCAAAGUGCAUGAGGUGGCAGUGGGAGAGAGCGUGGACCUGGAGUACUCUAUCUUUGAGUCUUCCUCAAGGGGAAAGCUGUCAGCACUGCAGAGACAGGAGAGCUGUCUGUUCAACCUCAGCAUCGUGCCGGUGGGCUACAGUGAGAUCUCCAGCGUCCCCGUGGAUAAGCCUGGACGGCGGCUCUAUAAUGUGCGCCAGCCGGGCGCCGCACAGGCCGUGUCUGUGCUGCUGCAGAUCAAUGCCUCAGACGGCAACAAAGUGAUGACCGUGCGAUCGCCGUUACAGAUAAAGAAUCAUUUCUCUGUGCCUUUUGCUGUUGUGAAGUUCUCACCAGAGAUGGGUGGAUUGCUUAAUGUGGGUGUUGCUGAACCACAGAAAGAGUUUCAUGUCACGCUGGACACUUACAGGUCUCAGCUGUUCCUGUUGCCCGUGGGGUCUCUGGAGGGGUUCUACAGCGAGUCGACCACGUGCAUUACCUGGAAGGAGCAGGUGCAUGUCAGCUCAGAGGUGCGUUCUGUCCUGCAGUGUCCCGCGCGGGACAGCAGCUGCUUGCCGCUGGUUAUUACCGCGCUGGCAGUGCCCGACGUCCUGCGACACAUCUCCAGUCAGGGCGAGGACGACUGGGACCCUGCGUAUGUGAUUCAUCUGCACCCUGCCAUCACACUGCGGAACCUGCUACCAUACACCCUACGUUACCUGCUGGAGGGUUCAGCAGAGUCCCACGAGCUACAGGAAGGCAUCAGCGCCGACAUCCUGAACGCACGACUCAGCGGCCAGCUCAUGGAGCUGGUGCUGGUGGGGUACCAGGGCCGCACCUGGACCAGUCAUGUGCAGGUCAGCGAGGCCAUGGCUGAGUUCUCACCUGUCUGCUUCACCAGCGACACUAGUGAGCAGCUUAGCGUGGAUCUGUGUGUCCACGUGACGCGUGGGGCGGGCAGGCUUGUCCUCUCUGUCUUCAGCCCAUACUGGAUCAUCAACAAGACGUCCCGCGUGCUGCAGUACCGUGCGGACGACGCGUAUGUUAAGCACCCGGCCGACUUCCGUGAUGUCAUCUUGUUCUCCUUCAAGAAGAAGAACAUCUUCAGCAAAAACAAACUACAGCUGUGCGUGUCCACCAGCUCCUGGUCAGAUGGCUUCUCUUUGGACACUGUGGGCAGUUACGGUUGUGUCCGCUGCUCAGAUAGAACCAUGGAUUACCUGGUGGGGGUCAGUAUUCAGAUGAGCAGUUUUAACCUGACUCGUAUUGUGACUAUGAGUCCCUUCUACACGCUGGUGAACAAGUCCUGCUUUGAGCUGGAGGUGGGGGAGGUGCAAAACGGAAAAGCCCACAGUGGCGGCAAAUGGCACUACAUCUCCUCCACAGAGUGCCUUCCCCUAUGGCCAGAGUCCAGUACAGGAAGGUUGUGUGUCCGAGUGGUGGGUUCUGAAUCUGCCUCUAAGUCUUUCUUCUUCAACAAGCAGGAUAAUGGCACUCUACUCAGCAUGGAGCAGUAUGGCGGCAUCAUUGUGGAUGUGAACAUUUCGGACCACUCCACUGUGGUCAGCUUCUCGGAUUACUAUGAGGGUGCAGCUCCUGCUCUGCUCGUCAACCACACGCCAUGGGUCACCAUCUCCGUCAGACAGAGUGGCUGUGAAACGAGUCGGGAGCUGAACCCUGGUGAGUCUCUGCUCUUUGCCUGGAACGACCCUGCAGGCGAACGCAAGCUGUGCUGGACCAGUCAAGGCCACAGUGGAGAACUCGACCUGCUGAAGGAUGAGUGCGGGCAGUUUGCGUAUGACGGCCUGGCGCAGGUACACUGGGUUUCCUUCCUGGAUGGACGCCAACGUGUGCUACUCUUCACCGAAGAUGUCGCUGUGGUAACCAAAGCUCGGCAGGCUGAGGAACUGGAGCAGUUCCAGCAGGAAGUGACCGUGUCACUGCAAAAUCUGGGUCUGUCCCUCAUCAACAACGACCACAAACAGGAAAUCGCAUACGUGGGCAUCACCAGUUCUGGUGUGGUUUGGGAGAUGAGACCAAAAAACCGUUGGAAGUCAUUUAACUGUAAGAACAUCAGUCUUCUGGAGAGGGCUUACCAGGACCAUGUCAGUGGAAUUACAGAACCAGGCUGGGUCAAACUGGAAACUGGGCUAGAGGUGAACUUUGCAAGGAUUCCUAUGUUGAUGAGACACCCAUUCUCCUGCUCCAUUCGGAGGAACUUCCUGUCUGGUAUCCACGUGGAGCUGAAGCAGUCUCCACACCAGAGGAGCCUCCGUGCCCAGCUCCACUGGCUGCAGGUGGAUAACCAGCUCCCAGGAGCCAUGUUCCCCAUCGUUUUUCAUCCUGUCCCACCACCCAAGUCUGUUGCCCUGGACUCAGAGCCAAAGCCCUUUAUUGAUAUGAGCAUCAUCACAAGAUUUAACGAACACAGCCAAGUGAUGCAGUUUAAGUACUUCAUGAUGCUAGUGCAGGAGAUGGCUGUUAAGGUUGAUCAGGGCUUUUUGGCAGCGGUCCUGGCUCUCUUUACACCUGUUACUGACACCCAGGAGGACAAACAGAAGACUGCCCUGAUUGAGAGAGACCUGGAGGCCCUGCAGGCUCAGCUGAUGGAGAGCUCCAUUAACGACACAUCAGGCCUCAGCUUCUUUGAGCACUUCCACAUCUCCCCCAUUAAACUCCAUCUGAGUCUGUCUCUGGGCUCCAGUGGAGAGGACCAUCAGGAGGGUGAUAUGGUUGCGAUCCAGUCAGUCAAUCUUCUUCUUAAAAGUAUUGGUGCAACGCUUACUGAUGUAGAUGACCUCAUCUUUAAACUGGCUUGCUUUGAGGUGAAGUAUCAGUUCUACCGCAGAGAGAAACUGAUGUGGGCCGUGAUUAGACAUUACAGUGAACAGUUCCUGAAGCAGAUGUACGUGCUUGUCUUGGGCUUGGAUGUGCUGGGGAACCCAUUCGGUCUGAUCCGGGGGCUCUCAGAGGGGGUGGAGGCAUUCUUCUAUGAGCCUUUCCAGGGGGCUGUUCAGGGGCCUGAAGAGUUUGCAGAAGGGUUUGUCAUUGGUGUGCGUAGUCUGUUAGGGCACACAGUGGGGGGUGCCGCUGGGAUGGUGUCUCGUAUAACAGGUUCAGUGGGGAAAGGUCUAGCAGCCAUCACCAUGGACAAGGAGUACCAGCAGAAACGCAGGGAGGAGAUGAACAGACCUCCCCGAGACUUUGGAGACAGUUUGGCCAAGGGGGGCAAAGGCCUUCUGAAGGGAGUGGUAGGAGGAGUGACAGGGAUUGUUACCAAGCCUGUGGAGGGGGCAAAGCGAGAGGGUGCGGCUGGAUUCUUUAAGGGGAUUGGUAAGGGCUUGGUGGGCGUGGUCACCCGCCCUACAGCAGGCAUCGUGGACAUGGCCAGCAGCACCUUUCAAGGGAUCCAGAGCGGUAACCUAAGGGUGGCGGAGUCGACUGAGGACGUGACCAAGCUGAGGCCGGUCCGACUCAUCAGAGAGGACGGGAUCAUCCGUCCGUACGAGCACCACGAGUCCCACGGCUACGACCUUUUCCAGAGGUCAGAGGUUAAACAGCUUGAUGGCGAGUUGUUCAGAGAGCACUUUGAAUAUCCUGGACACAGAAAAACAAACAUUAUUGUCACCAACAGGAGGGUGAUGUGUAUUAAAGAGAUCGACUUGAUUGGACAUUUUAACAAAGAAUGGGAAGUUCAGUUUGACAACUUCCUGAGGCCUCCAUAUGUUGAAGGAGGAGAUCUGAAGAUUUAUUACAAGGAACAAAACAAACUGAAGAUCCUUAAGGAUGGACAAGGACCAGUGAGGGUGGUGCACCUUAGACAGACAGACAUGGCAGAGACACUGCGGCACGCCAUCCAGAAUGCCCAGCUAGCUCGCCGGCAGCAUCAGAUGGUCAGACAGAAAUCCCAGCGCUUCCUCAAACCAGGCAGCACAGCCUAAACCAGACCAAUCCCAGCGCUUCCUCAAACCAGGCAUCCCAGCUUGGGCUCAGACAGUGCACCAUAUCAGAGCAUUGCCUCUCAACACUGAAACACAUAUGAGAUCAACAUGACAUACAAGCACACUUUACCACAGGGCUGCAGAACUCACAUUAGAUAUAUUGCAUCUUGAUACUUUUUCUUUUCAUUUUAUUUGUUUUUGUUUGUUUUUAAUUAUCUGCUCUUGCACUUCAUUUUGAUAUCCCAUAAAGAGUGCUGGUGCAGAGAUGCAUGCUGGGUUUACAUGUGUUGCCCCAAUUUGAUUGUGUGUAGUGGUUGGUUAGAAUGGAGCGGAGCGCCUGCCAGCUUGUUCUGCCUUCAUCUGCGGCGUUCCCUGGUUUCAGGGACUUGUCUGCAUCCCAGUGAUGCUAAGAUAAUCCAUCCAACUGACUUUGCUCCAGAACUGAAUAGAUUCCUUUUAACUGCAUUUUUAUCAACAGGCAAUUCUUGUGGUUUCUUCAAGAUUGUCUUGAUGUAUGUGGUGGUAUCUGGGAGUGUGGAGUCUCUAGAAAGCCUCCUGAUAUGGUUUCAGGAGGAGAAGAAUUCAUACAGUAGCUGUUCUUAGUUCUCUUCACCAUUGCAGAGUUCAGCUCACUUUUUUCUCAUUGCCCAGCACAGUACAGUUGUGAGUCUGUUAAACUGAUCUGCUGGUUAACCGUCCUGCUCUGCUUUCUUGGGAAGACAGCUGUCCAAAUGCAGGCAUGUGCAACCAUUUUGUUCUUUCUCUUUCCCUGUCAUUGUUAGUCAGGGUCCUAAAAUGUUCACAGACCAUUCAAACACUAGAAUCUGACAGCACCAGAUACUGUGGAGACAGAAUCGGGUGAAUUUAAAGAGUUUUGGUGAUAAAACCACAUGUGUAUUUUAUUCUUAAUGAAAAUGUUUAUUGCACUAGGGUUCACUGAGGGCACAAAUGAGACUAGCAAACUAAAAUGCUUUAAAUGUAAUAAAAUAAUUCAGUGAAUUAAAAUAAUUCAGUAAAUGAAAUUAUUAAACAAGAUAAUUCUUUCAUAAAUAAAAAUGCACUUUCUUCUUGUACAGUAAUAAUCUGUGCUUAAAGGCACAUUGUUCUCAUCUGUUUAAUAGUUGUAUUGGUUAUACAGUGUUUCUAAAGAAUUUAACUGGUGUGUUUUUGGUUCAUAUUAUGAGACAUUUUACUGUGGUAUUAUGACUCAUUUGAAUAUGGUUGUGAAUAUGGUUUCUUGGUGAGAGGUGUGUGUGUGUGUGUGUGUGUGUGUGUGUGCGCGUGCGCGCGCAUGCUUGUGGAAGAC